GUUAUUUUCGCUAUGUGCGUGUAAUAAACAUGUACGGCGACGUGUCUUUUUCAAUGAAAUAAAACUGCAAAAUCCUUUAAAUACCAUUCUUUUUAUAUUGAUGAAUCGUCUUUAAAUUAACACCAAAAUCGAAUAUCACAAGAACUUACAUUUCAAGUUGUUGUGUUCGGUUCUAGUUUUUAUGCAGUGAAUAAGUUGUUAUUGAAAAAACCUCAAUAUUGAAACGUAGUCAAUAUACGAAAGAAAAAAGCCUGUUUUACAUUAUUGAUAGUGUUGAUGAAAGAAACUGGACAAAUAUUAAUAAAAUGAAUAAAAGAAAACGUUCCGUCGAUUAUCCUGAAAUGAAUGGAUAUGAAAAGACUGACUACGGAGCUCCAUUAUUAGGAAUCGAUAGUCACAAGCAUGAUAACGAAAGGCCUGACAUACGUGGUGAUCGUGCAAAUAUAGCAAUCUUAUUUUUCCUCUAUUUACUUCAAGGAAUUCCAUUAGGCUUAACAGCAGCAAUACCAAUGCUGCUACAAAAUCGCGGUGCAAAUUAUAAACAACAGGCCGAAUUUAGUUUUGCAACGUGGCCAUUUAGCAUGAAAUUAUUAUGGGCACCAAUAGUUGAUUCACUGUUUUGGCCACAAUUUGGUCGUCGUAAAUCAUGGUUGAUUCCAACACAGUAUCUCAUCGGCAUAUUCAUGUUAGUUUUAUCAUCACAUGUAAAGUAUUGGCUUGAAGGUGGUCAUCUUGAGGACAGUGUUCCAGCGUUGACAGCACUAUUUUUUGCUUUGAAUUUUUUGGCCGCAACACAAGAUAUUGCUGUUGACGGUUGGGCAUUAACAAUGCUGAAACGAUGCAAUGUUGGACAUGCAUCCACAUGCAAUUCCGUCGGUCAAACAGCCGGCUAUUUCUUUGGAUAUGUUGUCUUCAUUGCUCUAGAAUCAAAAGACUUCUGUAACACUUAUUUGAGAACAGUUCCCAAAGAUGAUGGUCUAAUUACAUUGCCAGGUUUCCUUUGGUUCUGGGGUCUUUGUUUUUUGUUCACAACAACAUUGGUCGCAAUCUUGAAAACCGAACGAAAUCAAUCGAUUGACAACAAAGAUGAUGACGAGGAAGAGUUCAACAUUGUCGACACAUAUAAAUUACUUUGGCGAAUUGUCAACAUGCGUCCAAUUAAAAUAUUAGCUGCGAUUUUAUUAACCGUGAAAUUUACAUUUGCCGCAUGUGAUUCAGUCACAUCAUUGAAAUUGGUUGAAGCUGGACUCCCUAAAGAUAAACUGGCAUUGCUUGCCAUACCCAUGGUGCCUUUGCAAAUUUUCCUACCGCUCGUCGUUAGUAGAUAUACAACGGGAUCUAAACCAAUGGAAGUAUACAUCAAGGCCAUUCCAUUUCGGAUUUUAUUUGGAAUAUUUGCAUCAGGAAUUGUAGCUUUAGCACCAUACACACUCAGUUCAAAUGGCGACGUUCCAAUUUAUCUUUAUGUUCUAUUACUUGUGAAUUAUUCAUUCUAUCAAAUAUGUUUAUAUUGCAUGUUUGUCGCUGUUAUGGCAUUCUUUGCAAAAAUCAGUGACCCAGGUGUUGGCGGAACUUACAUGACACUCUUAAAUACAAUUUGCAAUUUGGGUGGAAACUGGCCAACCAGUAUCGUUUUAUGGCUGGUUGAUGUACUAACGUGGAAAGAAUGCAUAAGUACUGAUCCCACCGAUAAUUUGGUACUCACUAACAAUACAUGUCAAUCAAAAAUACAGGAAGAGGAAUGCGUCAAAUUAGGUGGAAAAUGCAACAUACUAUAUGAUGGAUACUAUUUAGAGUGUUUGAUAUGUUUAGUGUAUGGAUUAUUCUGGUACAAAUGGGGAACGACACAGAUUCGUAGUCUACAGGCAAUGCCGAUAAAAGUAUGGCGUGUAAUAAAAGGAGAGAAAUCAAGAAGAUAGCAAUUACUUGUUUAAAAUCUAUGUACACAAAAUAUUUUUUGAUAUCUCUUUUUUCUCAAGAGUUUACACACAUCAGGUAGAAGCAGCGUCCAGCAAUACAUUUCCGUUUAUCAAUUAUUAUUUUUUUUAUAAUUUUUAAUUGAUUUAAUUGUGAUCAAAUUUUGUUGAACAAUAGCACCCUUAAUAAUUUGAAUGAAUUUUUUUUUAGAUGCAAAUGUGUCAGAGAUCAAAUUACAAUAGCUGUAUUAAUUAGUCACAUGCAUGUAAAUAUUCAAAUAAUGCGCAAAUGAUUAGCUAUGUUUUAACACAUAAGAAUAUUUAUUGAAAAUAAAAGUUUUAUGCUUAGUUAUUUCGAAA